AUGGAGUUACCAUUCGAAGAAUUCGCCCUCAUUCUGGGGAUGGAUUGGCUUGUUAAGCAUGGGGCGACUCUGGACUGUGCAGCUAAGUGUAUGGUGUUAAAGACCGCUGAGGGUAAGGUGGUUAUGAUGAUAGAGAAACAUGAUGAACAUCUCCGCAUUGUGUUGCAAGUAUUGAGGGAGAGGGAACUUUAUGCGAAAUUCAGCAAGGCUAAUGUGGUAGCCGAUGCCCUAAGCCGUAGAGUUGUAUUUGAUCUGAGAACAAUGUUUGCUCGUUUGAGUCUGCAUGAUGAAGGUAGUCUGUUGGCUAAGUUGCAAGUAAGGCCAGCCUGGGUGGAUCAGAUUAAGGAAAAGCAGUUAAAGGAUGAGUCUUUAGUUUCUCGAUUCCAACAAGUUGAGAAAGGGGAAACUUCUAAGUUUGGGUUGAAUAGUGAAGGAGUUCUGUGUUUCCGAGGGAGAGUUUACAUUUUGAAGGACUCUGACUUAAGAGAUGAAGCUACUUGGGAGCCAGAAGAGGCGAUGCAAUAA